AUGCAGUCCUUCUCGACAAGGUCCAGCAUCCCAAGCACAUCAAUACCAGAAGCUUUGCAGAAUGCACGGAAAUUCCCGACCAGUGGAUUCGACAUCAUUCAAUCCAAUCAAAUGGUUGAGGAGGAGGAGCUGCCUGACUAUGAAGCAGACCGAUUUUAUCCUGUGCGACUUGGCGAAAUCUUUGAGAACCGCUAUCAAGUAGUCACAAAACUUGGUUUUGAUCUUACAAACAAUCAAUAUGUCGCUUUGAAGAUCUAUGUGCAUACCUCGUUAUUUCACCGCGAAGUCCCAGUCUACAAUCAUAUAAACCAGCAUUUACACACUAGCACACACCGAGGACGGCAUAAUAUUCGGAGGUUGCUAGAUUCUUUCCGAGUUUCCAGUCAAGGUGGAACCCAUGCAGUUCUUGUUUCCGUCCCAGCGCAGAUGAGCCUGCGUGAUAUGAAGCUGGUUUUUCGGAAAGACGGCUUUGAUGAGAUGUUCGUAAAAGGGGCUAUUACUGAGCUUCUGCAGGCUGUAGACUUUCUUCAUACUCAAGGGAAGAUUGUCCACACUGAUAUCCAUCCUGGCAAUAUGCUCCUAGGCACCUGGGAUGACCAGUCACUGAAGGCUCUAGAAGACAAAGAACUUGUGUCACCAGUUCCCCGCAAGCCAGUCUCUUCUACUCGGACUAUUUAUCUAUCACGCCUGAUGCAUCCUAGAGUAGGUCCAAUGCUGUUGUCCGACUUUGGUGAGGCAUGGAUCGGCUCACAGUUACAUGGCGGUGAUAUCAUGCAUCUUGAGUAUCGGGCUCCUGAGACAUUACUUUACAUCAGUUGGAGCUAUCCCGUCGAUAUUUGGAGCAUUGGUCUUACAGCUUGGGACCUUCUUGAGCCAAAGAAACUUUUCACAGCACGCGAUGAGGAUGAUGAUCUCUAUGAUGCCGCACACCUCGCUCAGAUAAUCGCCGCAUUGGGGCCACCCCCUCCUGAGCUUCUAAAAAGAAAUCCAGCAAGGACGAACGACUUUUGGAAUAAUGAUGGCAAAUGGCUGGACCUUGCACCCAUCCCAGAUGACCGUACAAUGGAAAGUCUAGAAUCUCGACUCAGUGACAAGUCAGGCUUCCUUCGGUUUAUAAGAAGGGCUCUUACUUGGCUACCCGAGGAAAGAGCGACAGCUCAGGAGCUUCUACAAGAUCCUUGGCUCGCAGGUUGAGAGACUAGGUUUCAUUGCUUAAGAUAGCGGACCAACUUGCAGGUAACGCGAAAGGCUUGAACAAGGAUCUUGUGAUUCCACCCGCCUACUAGAAGUCAUUCACUAUAAUGAGAGGCGUCCUAGUAUAUAAAAGGACCUUGAUAACAUACAUAGCUUCUCAAAGAAUCAAAG